CCUCGCUGCGUGCUCGCCGCCGCCGCUGUUGUUGCCCGGCGUCAACCUACGCCGACGAAGAGAAGAAGACAUAUCCCUCCCUCUCCUCCGGUGGAGGGCCGCUUCCAAUUUGCCUUCGCUCUCCUCCGAGCCGGUACCAUUGGCUUCCGCGCCGUGCCAGUCAACUCGCCUCCUCUCCCAGCCCCGAGUUGAGCAGCAACAGCUCGGAAACAUCUGGCCGCCGCAGAGUGCUAGACUCCCCGUCCCCCUCCGCCUGCCUGCCCGCCCGCUCGCCUCGGCAGCCUGCGAUGGAAAUUAGUCCAAAGUCGGUCUAGUUUGGCGUCGGAAGGGGAGAGAAGACGGGGAUUUGACGGAGGAAGCGGGGAAGACGUCGGACCUGGCUGUCUGUUAUGAGGACGGCAGGAUGGAGUUCCCAGAUCACAGCAGACAUUUACUCCAGUGUCUGAGCGAGCAGCGGCACCAGGACUUCCUGUGCGACUCCACCGUGCUGGUGGGCGAUGCCCAGUUCCGUGCGCACCGCGCCGUGCUGGCCUCCUGCAGCAUGUACUUCCACCUGUUCUACAAGGACCAGCUGGACAAGAGAGACGUGGUGCACCUCAACAGCGACAUCGUCACGGCGCCGGCCUUCUCCCUGCUCCUGGAGUUCAUGUACGAGGGCAAGCUGCAGUUCCAGGACCUUCCCGUAGAGGACGUGCUGGCGGCGGCCAGCUACUUGCACAUGUACGACAUCGUCAAGGUGUGUAAGAAGCGCUUGAAGCAGAAGGCCACGGCGGAGGCGGACAGCACGCGCAGGGAGGACGACGGCGGCUCCAGCUGCUCCGACAAGGCCGACAGCCUGUCGGACGGCUCGACGGGCCGGCCCGCCACCGCGGACCUGCUGCACAGCGACGAAGAGGAGGAGGCCAAGGCGGAGGGAGGCCCGCUGUGGCUGCGGCUGCCGGCCGCGGACAGAGCGGGGACGCCGGGCGCGGCCACCGCCAGCCCCGGGCACGGCGAGGCCGAGACGCAGACCGGCGAAGGCGCGGGGGAGGGGGGAAAGCUGCUGUCUCCGGCCGGCAGCCCCACCAGCUCCACCGGGUCGCUGUCCCAGAGGUCCCACCGCUCCGCCGGCUCCCGGGGGGGACACCGGGGCAGGAGGGUGUCCAACGACGCGGCCGACUGCGUCCUGGACCUGUCGGUCAAGCCGCUCGCCGGCAGCAACCACAGCAACCACCACCAGUCUUACUUCGGCGGGGCGGCCACGCCGGACAGCCUGCAGAGCCCGCUGGCCGUGAGGGUGAAGGUGGAGAGGGGCGUGGCCUCGGACGAGGAAGACGAGCUGGGGGGCGGGGACUACGACAUGGAGCACAGCGGCCUCGCCAAGGCCACCGUCCCCACCGCCAACGGCGGCCUGGGCCACCACGGCGUGGGCGGGCCGCUGUCGGCCCAGCGGAGACUGGGCCUGGAGGCGCACCUGUCGGCGCUGCGGGAGGCGUCGCUGGCCUCCGAGCUGGAGCGGGAGGAGAAGGCCCCGGCCUCGGCCGACGACGAGGACAUUCUCGGGGGCGAGAGCGAGCGCGCCCAGGCCGAGGCGGCCAGCAUGGAUAGCUCGCUGCUGCCUUACGUCUCCAACAUGCUGUCGGCCCAGCACACCCAGAUCUUCAUGUGCCCCCUGUGCAACAAGGUGUUCCCCUCCCCCCACAUCCUGCAGCUCCACCUCAGCUCCCACUUCCGGGAGCAGGAGGGCAUCCGCUCCAAGCCCGCCGGGGACGUCAACGUGCCCACCUGCACCAUCUGCAGCAAGACCUUCUCCUGCAUGUACACGCUCAAGCGCCACGAGCGGACACACUCCGGCGAAAAGCCCUACACCUGCACCACCUGCGGCAAGAGCUUCCAGUACUCGCACAACCUCAGCCGCCACGCGGUGGUGCACACGCGCGAGAAGCCGCACGCCUGCAAGUGGUGCGAGCGGCGCUUCACGCAGUCCGGGGACCUCUACCGACACAUUCGCAAGUUCCAUUGCGAACUGGUCAACUCGCUGUCAGUGAAGAGCGAGCCGCUGGCGCUGCCCAAUGUCAGGGAUUGGGCGAUCGAAGACAGCUCCCAGGAACUGUGGAAGUAGAGACGGACCGCUGGGUUUGGCAAAAAGGGAAAGAGAGGGGCGAGCGGCGAGGCGGCGGGGAGGCGGCGGGGAGGUGGCAGAGUUUGACAUUCGGGGUUUAAGUGAGUCAUGUUCUUGUUUGUUGCAACAUCUCAUUCAAUUGCACUUUAAUAGCACAUGAAAAUGUUACUACUGAGUUUUUGUUUCAGUUGUUGCUAUUUGGGGUAA